UCACAAGAAACUCUUACUUAUUGGAAGUAUGAAAACCAAUCAAUUUAACUUCUUGUGCUUUUAUGCACUUCUUCUUAUCUUUGUUGUAAAAACCGAGUCUUAUGAAGUUGUGAAAAAAAGAAAUUGUUUAUUUGCAGUUGAGAAAACAAAAAAAUCAAAGACGGACAUUGGGGUAGAUUGCUAUACAUAUUGGUCAAACAGAGGUGCAACUUGGAAAGCCAACGACAGGGGGAUGGGGAAUGGUUGGUUUGGAUGUGGAUUAGGAGGCAUAAAAGGAAUGGGAUACAAUAGUUAUUUUUGGUGGAAAGGCACAGCUUGGGGUAGUAGUGAAUGGUGGAAUGGUGGUGGAAAAGGCGGCGGUGGUGGAAAGGUUGGCGGCGGUAGAACAUGGGGUGGUGCUGGAUAUGUCAAACCUAUUUCCAGCUACGGAAAAGGUGGUGGUGCAACCGACAUAGAACCCCCUGAUGAUGGAAAGGGGACUGAUAUUGAUAAGGGGCGGUCGUGAAAAUGUUAUAGACUUUUACGUUGGUGGAGAAGGAGGUGACGGUUAGGGAGACCGGUCAUUGAUAAUAAAAAUGGUGGUGUUAUGUAAAUGUGACAUAAUUCAUAUAAUACUCUUCUCGAGAUAAUCAACAUUCUAAAAUUUGUUUUGUUCAUCA